AUGUAUAGCGGUUACUGGGCGAACCUCCCUGCGGCUAACACGCCUGUUGAUCCGCUCCACGUUGACCCCGACUUCCACGAAAACCUUUGCUACCGCCUCCGCCAGCUCCGCGAGCAGAACCUCACACGCCGCGAGCUUUUCGGCGAAGAGGCGCUCGAGUAUCGCACCGGACAUACGCCGCAAACCAUUCGUGAACAGGAACAGGUGCACACCGAGAAGAUGGAGUACAUAAAAUGGCUGGAACCUGAGACGCACCCAACACCUUUGACGCCCGUAAGCUUCGUUGACAGCAAAGACUACGGCUCUCCAGUUUGGAUACGAAACCUUGGAUCAUCACCUAAUAGUACGCAAUCGACUGUUUCCCCGUCUACUGCGCCGUUGAAACUGUCACCAGCACUUUCUGGCAAGUACAGGAUUGAGCCGCCUCCAAGCACGGACUCGAAGAAGCGCAAGCGCAUUAGCAAAGAGGAUGACGGACCAUACAAUGAAGCUGGGAGACAGCAUGCAUUUUGCACCGCGUCUCCUCAUCGCCAAUCGAAAGGCCUACGUAGCCGCGCAAGCGCUUGUCACACAUCUGGGCAUCAAUGA